AUGGGAUCUUGUUGUGCAGUUGUAAUUAGGUCCACCAGAGAUGAAAAACCUCUCCAUUACACCUUACAAAUCCAAUCCUUUUCAUUGCUCAAAGCAGCACUUGCUAGCUCCAAUCGUGACAGAUAUGAAUCCCAGAUUUUUAAUGCCGGCGGUUAUAAAUGGAAAUUAGCAGUGUAUCCGAAUGGAGAUGUGAAAAGAAAUGGGGCUGAUCAUAUAUCCCUCUAUUUGGUAAAGGCUGAUGAUGACAUUAAUCCGUGUUCACAUGGGAAAGUAAGACGUUUUCAUGCAAUGAAGGCAGAGUGGGGAUUUGAAAAGUUGAUAUCUCUUGACACUUUCAAUGAUUCUUCAAAUGGGUUUGUAGUUGGUGAUUGUUGUGGGUUUGGAGUGGAUGUCGUUGUUAUGAAAUGUGAUGGGAAGGGGGAGGUCGUUUCCUUCAUCAAGGAACCAAAAAGUCACAAAUAUACUUGGAAAACCAAAAACUUUUCACAACUAGAUAAGAAAUUUUAUGAAUCGGAUCCUUUUACCGUGGAGGGCUACCGUUGGAAGUUAUGGUUGUAUCCUAAAGGAAGCUCCAAAGCAAAGACUGGCUUUUUGUCCUUGUACCUAUCGUAUAAUAGUUACGAAGAGAUUCCCCAAGGUUCACAAGUGUACGUUGAAUAUGAAGAUAGCCAUAACUGUUGGUUUGGGUUUGGUGGUGUAGAAUCCGGCCGCGGUUGGGGUCACCCAAAUUUCUUGUCAUUGAGAGAUCUCAACGAACCAACGGAAGGCUUUAUUGUUGAUGACACUAUAAUUGUUGAAGUGAAAAUUAAUGUUGUCUCCACCUUGAAGAAAAUUGUAGAGGGGAAAUACUUCUCUUUGAGAUCAUAA